AUGAAUCCAGAUUCCGAUCAUCCUCAGCUUCCCAACAUCAAAAUCCACCACCCUCCUUCCCCUCGUCACUCUCACCACUCUCACCACCACUCCCACUCCUCCUCCACUCCCUCCUCCGCCGCAACCCAAACCCCCACAGCCGGAGCUCGCCGUAAGAUCGGAGUCGCCAUCGAUCUCUCCGAGGAGAGCGCUUUCGCCGUCCGCUGGGCCGUAGAUCACUACAUCCGUCCCGGAGACGCAGUUGUCCUCCUCCACGUCUCCCCUACCUCCGUCCUCUUCGGCGCCGAUUGGGGACCUCUCCCUCUCAAAACCCAGCCUCCUCUCGAAGAUCCAUCAGCUCAAUCGCAGCAAUCGCAGCCAAGUCAGGAGGAUUUCGACGCUUUCACUUCAUCCAAAGUGGCGGAUCUCGCCAAGCCGCUGAAGGAGAGUGGGUUCCCGUAUAAGAUCCAUAUAGUAAAGGAUCACGAUAUGAGGGAGAGAUUGUGCCUUGAGAUCGAGAGGCUUGGCCUGAGCGCUGUGAUCAUGGGAAGCAGAGGUUUUGGCGCUGAGAAGAGGGGAAGCGAUGGCAAGCUUGGGUCAGUCAGUGAUUACUGUGUUCACCACUGUGUUUGCCCCGUCGUUGUGGUUAGAUACCCUGAUGAUCGUGACGGACCUGUCCCUGUUGUUACCGUCAAGCCAGGUGUUGUUGUUGAUGAUGAAGACGUUGAUGAGGCUACUACUAAGCCCGUUGCUCAUCAUGAACACAUCAAAGGUAAGGGAUUCAAGCAAAUACUCUUUCUCUUUGCGUUAGUAAUUGAUGAGUGCUUUAGUACUUUCUUCUUCUGUUAG